CUCUGGUACCUGACUCCGCGCUGCGCGUCCAGCGGCUAGAGGGGCGCAGACUCACUGCCGACCGCUUACUUCCAAUUAAGUUGACUUUUCUUUUCUUUCUUUUGGACCAAAAGCCCGCGUCCUCUUCCCAUUUUCAUCUAUUUUGCCUGUUUUGUAAUCUUUCGGUUGACGGACUGAGUUUGGAUAUCAGGAGGAGGGAGACACGGGACCAGCGAACGGCUCUUAGAUGGAGCAGCGGGGCUCCGGGAGCGCAGAGCGCACGGCGAACCCGGAGUGACGGAGGCUGCUGAAUGGACUCUAACCUCGGGUUCAGGCUGUUCACAGCAUGGCCAUGACGGGCAUCCAGGAGCCAGACCUGGAUGAACAGCGAAGAGGACCGGCGCAUGAGGAAGAGGAAGAAGAGGAGGAGGAGGACGGGGAGAAGGUGCAUGUGACAGUUGAGGGAGAGCACAAAGGAGAGGAUGAGGAGGACGGGGAGGAAGAGGAAAAGGAAGAGCUGCCGUACCCCUCCCUUGCACCAGUGGUUCUGCUGGCUCUGACCCAAACCAGCCCUCCCCGCUCCUGGUGCCUUCGAGCUGUCUGCCACCCAUGGUUUGAGCGUGUGAGCAUUUUGGCCAUCCUACUGAACUGUGUCACUUUGGGGAUGUUCCAGCCUUGUGGCCACACCCCCUCCGUGCUGCAGGCUUUGGAUGAUGGCAUCUUUGCAUUUUUUGCUGGUGAAAUGGUGGUGAAGAUGGUAGCUCUUGGGGUCAUAGGUCAGAAAGGUUACCUUGGCGACACAUGGAACAGAUUGGACUUCUUCAUUGUUAUUGUGGGCAUGCUGGAGUACUCUCUGGAUGGACACAACGUCAGCCUAUCAGCCAUCCGGACUGUUCGGGUUCUCCGCCCACUGAGAGCCAUCAACAGAGUUCCCAGUAUGCGUAUCCUGGUCACACUCCUGUUAGACACACUUCCGAUGUUGGGCAAUGUGCUGGCGCUCUGCUUCUUUGUUUUCUUCAUCUUUGGCAUUGUUGGUGUUCAGCUGUGGGCUGGACUACUGAGGAAUCGCUGUUUCAUAGAAGAGGAUGUGAAGAUGAGAUACAACAUCACCUUCCUAAAUGACUACUAUAAGCCCGAUGGCACAGAUGACCACCCUUUCAUCUGCUCAACGGCGAGGGAAAAUGGGAUGCUCCGGUGCUCAGAUGUGCCUCGUCGCCGUGUGGGAAGGACUCACUGCAACCUGGAUGCAGAUGAAGCCUUUUCAGAGACAGGACUCAAAGGAGAUGAAUCAGAGUCAUGUGUGAACUGGUACCAGUUUUACAACCAAUGUCGAGCUGGAGAACUAAAUCCACACAAAGGAGCUAUUAACUUUGAUAAUAUUGGAUAUGCAUGGAUCGCCAUUUUCCAGGUGAUUACUCUAGAGGGCUGGGUUGACAUCAUGUACUACGUCAUGGAUGCACACUCCUUUUACAACUUCAUCUACUUCAUCUUCCUCAUCAUCGUGGGAUCUUUUUUCAUGAUCAACUUGUGCCUGGUUGUCAUAGCAACGCAAUUUUCCGAAACCAAGCAGAGAGAACACGCCUUAAUGAAAUCGGAGCAGCGAGCCCGGCAGCUCCACCAAUCAGCUUCCACCCUCGCCAGUGACAGCCAGCCAGGGAGCUGCUACGAGGAGAUCAUCCGCUACCUGGCACACCUGGGCCGCAAAGCAUGGCGGCGGAUUUCCCGCUGCUACAGCCAGAUAUGGAGACGCUUGCGUUGCACAUGUGUGCGCCGCAAGGAUCAAGGCAGUGGGUCUGCCAGAGGAGGCGGAGUCGGAGAGAUGAAUGGACUUGCCAGCAGGCACUCAGGCCACGCCCCCAAUGACCUACCCCAUCUUCAUCAGCUGUAUUAUAAUCAUCAUCAUCAUCAUCACCAGUACCAUCACCAGCAUUAUCAGUCUGAGCUCCCCGUCAGUAAUGGAGGGAGCAGUUUUAAUUAUCCUUUCAUAUCACCCUUCCUCAGUCACCUGGAUGAUAAGAACCAGGACCAGAAGAGGCUGGUUGCUAUGGAAACCAUCAACAGACUGCCGCAGCUGGUGCUGGAGCACGGCGGCUCUGCGGGGCAUCCUGCUCUGCAGUUGCCAGGUGAAGGCUCAGGAGAGGCUUCAUCAUGCCCGUACUGCACCUACUAUAGCCAACUUAGUGGCAGUGAAAACCUUCAUGAGCAUCCUGAAGAACAGCAUCAUCGGUAUCAGAACUCACGCCUUGGCAACCACCCGUGCCAUGGUAAUAGCCCGUGCCAGAGUAGAAGUCCGUGCUACGGCAAUGCGCAGGUGCUUGAGCCGAGGAAAAAGCUGUGGGAGCGCUGCUGGGCGGGACUCCGAAUCAAGCUGAAACUUAUUGUGAGCAGCCGAUAUUUCAACAGAGGCAUCAUGAUUGCCAUCCUUAUCAACACGCUAUCCAUGGGCAUAGAGUAUCACGAGCAGCCACAAGAGCUGACCGAUAUUUUGGAGAUCAGUAACAUGGUGUUCACCAGCCUCUUCAGCCUUGAGAUGCUGCUGAAGCUCCUGGCUCUGGGGCUCUUUGGCUACAUCAAGAACCCAUACAACGGCUUUGACAGCAUUAUUGUCAUAAUCAGUGUGUGGGAGAUUGUGGGGCAGGCUGAGGGAGGCUUGUCAGUGCUGCGCACUUUCCGUCUGCUAAGAGUUUUGAAGCUGGUCCGAUUCCUCCCUGCCUUGAGGAGGCAGCUUGUGGUGCUGAUGAAAACCAUGGACAAUGUUGCCACAUUCUGCAUGCUGUUGAUGCUUUUCAUAUUCAUUUUCAGCAUUUUGGGAAUGCAUUUAUUUGGCUGCAAAUUCGGUUUACGUCAAGACAGCGGCGACACUUUACCCGACAGAAAAAACUUUGAUUCUCUGCUGUGGGCAACUGUCACAGUUUUCCAGAUCCUCACCCAGGAGGACUGGAACGCUGUACUCUACAACGGCAUGGCCUCCACCUCGCCUUUGGCUGCCCUCUACUUUGUGGCCCUCAUGACAUUUGGAAACUAUGUCCUGUUCAAUUUGCUUGUAGCCAUUUUGGUGGAAGGCUUUCAAGCGGAGGGAGAUGCCAAUAGAUCUGAGGCUGAUGACGACAGACUAUCACUGUGUUACCAUGAUGAGGAGAAGCUGAAGGAGCUGUAUGCUGCAGAACUGAAGAUUCAGGCAAUGAUGCUGAGCCCCAACGGCCUCCUCAACCCAAAAGCCUCCAUGCCUCCGCCUCCUCCCCCACCCCUGCCUGUCAUCACGCAUACUGCAGCCACACCCACCAUGAACGCCAACCAGUCGCGGCGAGCAAGUGGUGCAUCCACAGACAUGAACAGCCUUGAGCCGAGGUCUCCGUCUCCCUGGGACAGUGGGCCUGAGAGCCGCCGCUCCAGCUGGACCAGUAUCAGUCGGGCCCCCAGCCUCCACAGGAGGAGUCAAUCAGGAGAGAUGGAGUCCCUGCUGUCUGAGAUGCACACGUGCUCAAGUCCCAGCAGCAGGGAGCCGUCUCUGGACCAGUCAGAAUACCUGCAGGUGCCCAUGCUCCUCUCACCCGACUGCAACGGAACCACCUUUCACUUCCCUGAACACUGUAACGAGGAGGCCCCCCUGCCAUCCUAUUACCAUAGUGACCAGGAAGAGGAGGAAGCUGAGGAGAGUUUAUGUAAGAGGCUGAAGAAGAUCCUGGAGCCAUAUGAGCCUCAGUGGUGCCUGGAACAUGAGGAGUGGUCUCUCUAUCUGUUUGCUCCGGACAACCGGUUCAGGCUGUGGUGUCUGAGGGUCAUCGGUCACAAGAUGUUUGAUCACAUCGUCUUGCUCUUCAUAUUUUUGAACUGCAUCACCAUCGCACUGGAGAGACCGGACAUCAGCCCCAGGAGCAUGGAACGGGUGUUCCUCAGUGUUUCCAAUUACAUCUUCACAGUCAUCUUCGUGGGAGAGAUGAUGAUCAAGGUUGUUGCUAUGGGACUGUACUUUGGAGAAGGAGUGUACCUGCAGAGCAGCUGGAACAUCUUGGACGGUGUGCUAGUGUUUGUGUCACUGGUGGACAUCCUGGUUUCCAUUGCGUCAUCAGGUGGAAAUCGGAUCUUAGGCAUCCUGCGGGUUCUUCGCCUGCUUCGAACACUGCGACCCCUCAGGGUGAUAAGUCGUGCUCCUGGUCUAAAACUGGUGGUUGAGACGCUGAUCACUUCUCUCAGACCAAUAGGGAACAUUGUUCUCAUCUGCUGUGCUUUUUUCAUUGUGUUUGGAAUUCUGGGAGUGCAGCUGUUCAAAGGAAAAUUCUUUCACUGCGAGGGACUUCAUGUCAGAAACAUCACCAACAGAACCGAGUGUCUGCAGGCGGGUCAUCGCUGGGUUCGACGGAAAUACAACUUUGACAACCUGGGGCAGGCGUUGAUGUCACUCUUCGUGCUGUCCUGCAAAGACGGUUGGGUGAGCAUCAUGUAUGACGGCCUGGACGCUGUUGGAGUGGACCAGCAGCCAAUAAGAAACAACAACCCCUGGAUGCUGCUGUUCUUUAUCUCUUUUCUCCUCAUUGUCAGCUUCUUUGUGCUCAACAUGUUUGUGGGCGUGGUGGUGGAAAACUUCCACAAGUGUCGCCAGCAGCAGGAGGAGGAAGAAGCCCGGAUAAGGGAGGAGAAGCGGCAAAAGCGGCUGGAGAAAAGGAGGAGAAGGGCUCUGGAGAAACCAUACUACGCUGACUAUUCCCCAUUGAGGCGAUCCAUACACACAUUGUGCACCAGCCACUACCUGGAUCUGUUCAUUACUGUCAUCAUCUUCACAAACCUCCUCACCAUGAGCAUGGAGCACUACAACCAGCCACAGUACCUGGAGGAGAUACUAAAGUACUGUAAUUACGUCUUCACUCUGGUUUUUGUCAUCGAGGCUAUUCUGAAGCUCAUCGCUUUUGGCCUGCGUCGCUUUUUCAAAGAAAGAUGGAACCAACUGGACCUUGCCAUUGUGUUGUUGUCCAUCAUGGGAAUCGCAUUGGAGGAAAUAGACCUGAGCGCUUCCUUACCCAUCAACCCCACCAUCAUACGCAUCAUGAGGGUCCUGCGGAUAACUCGAGUGCUGAAACUGCUAAAGAUGGCAACAGGGAUGAGAUCUCUGCUGGACACAGUGAUGCAAGCUUUGCCUCAGGUGGGGAAUCUGGGUCUGCUCUUCAUGUUGCUGUUCUUCAUCUAUGCAGCUCUGGGAGUAGAGCUCUUUGGAAAACUGGAGUGUUCAGAGGAGAACCCAUGUGAGGGUCUCAGCCGCCAUGCCACCUUUGACAACUUUGGCAUGGCUUUCCUCACACUCUUUAGGGUGUCCACUGGGGACAACUGGAAUGGGAUUAUGAAGGACACACUGCGGGAGUGCAGACCACACGAACGCCACUGUCUCUCAUACCUGCCCUUAAUCUCCCCCGUUUACUUUGUUACCUUUGUCCUCACGGCUCAGUUUGUGCUUGUCAAUGUGGUGGUUGCUGUUCUCAUGAAGCACCUGGAAGAGAGCAACAAGGAGGCACAGCUGGAGGAGAUGGAGGAGAGGAAGGAGAGAGAGGAGCAGAAGGAGAGGGAAGAGGCCAGCCGGCGCCUCAGCACUGCAUCCGUGGGCAGAGACCUGGAGCUGAUAUUGGACACACCCAGCCAGGUGCAAAUGGAGGAAGAAGAGGGUUCCCAUAGAAACCUGCUGAGAAUGCUGUCUCUCCCUAGCGACAGCUACGUUCAGCCGCUCAGUGGCGCUACUUAUGCUCCCAGCCAAGAAGCCCUUUGUGGAUACAGCUACUCAGGCUCUGUAUCAUCUCUGGGCUCCAGUGGAGGAAGCUCUCUGUUGCAGGUUCCAGGAGCUCUUCCCACCAUCAGCCACGCUUCACUGGGCUCUGGGCGCAGCUCGAGACCAAUGAUCUGCCUCAGCACGGCCCAAAGCUUUGAGCGACACUCCAUGCACAGGCUCAGUCCUGCCGACAGCAUUGAGGGACACAAGUGUAGUCCAGCUCACAGAGUCAGAACGUACAGACUGAACUCAGCACACAGUAUAGACGGAUACAAGUUCAGCCCGGCCCGACAAAUGAACAGACACAGACUCAGCUCUGCUCACAGCAUGGAUGGAUACAGACUCAAUCCAGACCAGAACAACGAUAGGCCGAGGCUCUUGUCCAGCCACAGCAUAGACAGACACCCGUCUCUCAGGCUCAGUCCAACAGAAUUUGGCAGCAGGCGCCCCUCUUUCUGGCUCAGCCCUGAAGACAGUCUUGACAGGAACAAGCUCAGUCCCUCCUAUGUUCCAGAUAGUUCUGUCCUGAAAAGAACUGGGUCCUACCGCACUGCAAACAGACGUUUACAAAGACAGGCUGCUGUGCGCUCUGACUCUCUGGAUCAGAGUGGAUCAGCUGACAACCUGGCAGAACCUUGCCUCACUGUGCCCACAGACUCUUCCAGUCCGCCACGCCAGCAUUCGCCCAGUGUCCACACGCUGGAAUAUACACACCCCCAGAGGGUAAUCUCAUGCAGGAGCCACAGCCGGAGUCACAGUGAAACCCCCGCACAUGAACCCGUACCUGAGCAAGCCAUCUGCGGCUCGCAGCCAGAAACGCAUGCUGAAACGAGGUCUGCUGGUCCGCAGGGCUUGUCCACUUUGAAGGUCAUCAGCGCUGAGUCCAGCUUAUCAGCUUCGCUCUGUAGCACCAGAGUGGCCUGCACAGAGCCUGGCGCUGAGUCAAACCCGCCUCCCCUGUCUGAUGAUGCUGAUGAGGAAGUUAGCUGCAUAAAUAUUUCAGUUCACUCACCCGGGCUGCCUCUUUCUAGCUCCUCACACAAAAGUGGACACCUUUCCCCGAGUCCUGGAGAGUACAGAGGUUGCCUCAGUCAUUCUGCAUCCCCAGUUUCAGGCCAGAGCAGGAAGCAGCGGAUGAGCCCGCCACCGGGGGAGGAGCCAGUCACAAUGGCAACCCAGCAAACGGACACCAAUGUUGAGCUGAGAAGGAGGACACUAUCAUUCGAUGCCUCAAGCCUUUCUCCUAACCAACAGGAUCAGAACUCUGUGGAUGACUAAAAAUCCCAGCAAUGGGAUUGAAAGAUAAGAAUGUGCUCUUAGAGCACACAUAAUAGAGAAGGGAGGAACAGUCCGAAUAUUGACCCAGACAUUACACGCAUGUCUGGCCAAUGUGGAACAAUUAUUUUAAAAAUAAUGGUCCUGAUGUCACAGGGAGCUUUUGCUCUUGGUAAGAUGUUGGUAGAUGUUGGCCUGUGAUUCAAAACAACAACAGGGCUAACAACUAAUGAACAAUCAUCAAGACAUCUUCAGAAAACAAGAAAGAAAAAACUUGAAGUACCUAAUGCUAAUAGCUUUUCCAUCUAUGUAGCAACCAGAUCCAACCCUGCUUCACUUCAAAAAUGACAAUUAUACAGACUCAGAGAGCCACCAGCCUGGGCAGGUAUACAUUUUCCCAAAAACCUCUGUUUUUAAUUACGUCUCUAUCAUCCAAUCAUCUUUUGAUCUAUUGUAAAAGCGUUGCCAGUUGUCUAUUGUGAUUAUGCAGUUUUCAGACAAAAUCAUAAAACCUGUGUCGUUUUCCAGGA